CCAGCUUCUCCUUAUAUAUGUAGGAGCGUCGCAGACCUUAAUCAGCAAGACCUCAAACAAGAACAAAAACCAAACAGCACAAACAUGUUCAGGCAAGCCCAUAACAAUCUCGUUGUGAAACGUGGGGAGCCGGUAAAGGUUUCCCCGCCCCAAGAGGAAACUAAGGAGAAGGGCGUCUUCUCUCUGUCAAACCUGGACCACCUCGUAUGCUGGGUGCGUACGAUUUAUGGGUUCAGGUCCGACGAGAGAGGAAACCAGAUGGCAGGGGAAGUGUUUGAAACCGCCCUGAGGAAACUUCUCGUUCACUACUACCCAUUAGCAGGCAGACUGACGGUCGUCUCCGAAGGGAAGUUGGCCGUGAGUUUCUAUGAACAAGGUGUUGUUUUCGUGGAUGCCGAGGCUGACAUUGCCAUGAAAGAUGUUGAAGACAUGGUGAGGACGGAUCCGAGCAAGCUCGUCGAAUUGGUCUACGAUGAUGGCAUUCACUGCAAUGCCAAGCCUUUACCUGAAUGCCCUCUUUUGGUCGUCCAGGUGACGAAGCUCAAAUGCGGAGGAUUCGUUUUGGGAAUCUGCAUCAGUCACUGCCUGGUCGAUGGUUUUACAGCGACAGAGGUGGUGAACUCGUGGGCAGAGAUCGCGAGAGGACUGUCGAUUUCUACGCUUCCUUGUUUGGACAAAAGGACUUUGCUACCACGUAACCCGCCAAAGGUCGAGUUCGCUCAUCCGGAGUUUAUCGAGAUGGAAAACAGGUCACCCAGCAGUGACCAGUUCUCCAAGGAGAACAUGGUGCACAAGGUUUUUCGUUUCGACCGCGAAACGAUAAAGGAACUGAAAUCAAGAGCCAUGGAAGAUGAUGGAAGAGGAGCUCUCUCCGAGUGCUCCACUUUCGAGUGCCUUACAGCUCUCGUCUGGAAGGCGCGAAGCAAGGCACUGAACAUGGUCGGAGAUCAGGAAACCAAGCUCAUAGUGCCCGUGAAUGUGAGGAACAAGAUGGAUCCGCCAUUGCCUAAAGGGUAUUUUGGGAACGGAAUUGCUUCGGCUUGUACGACCAGUAAGGUCAGGGACCUGCACAACAAGCCAUUUUCAACUACGGUGGAGCUUGUUCACGAUUCAAUCAAGAUGAUUACAGAUGCUCGUGUGCGGUCGUGGAUCGAUUUCUAUGAGCUGCAUAGAACUAUACAUCCUCUGGCUCAUACGAUGAUCGCAACGACUUGGUCUAGAAUUCCCUUCUGCACCACUGAUUUUGGAUGGGGAGAUGCUAUCCUUAUGGCGCCGGUGGCAUUGCCCUGUGAUGAGAUGGUGAUAUUUAUGUCGGAUUAUGAAAAGGACCAAAGUGGAGAUAUACGAAUUUUUGUGGGUCUGCCGGAAUCGGCUAUGAAAAACUUUCAGAAUCUUAUGAUGAUUUAG